AUUCUCGCUUAAACGGACCUCCCAAACUACCAUUCCCAGUUCCCACGGCACGAUGGCCUCCGCCGAAAUCCCCAACUCCAGCCCCGACGCCACCAACCCCGCCCCCGCCGCCGCCGCCGCCACCGGCCCCGACCUCUCCUCUUCGCCGCCGCCGCUCCCGCCGCGCAAGCGCCGCCUUUCGCCUUCCCCACCACCAACGCGGUCCGCGUCACGCUCUCGGUCCCCCCGCUCCCGCUCCCCGCACGGCCGACGCUCGCGCAGCCGGAGCCGCAGCCCGCAGCAGUACCCGACCGAUGGCAAGCGGCAACGGCACAAUGGCCUUACCGUGGAUGCGUGCCGCGAUUUCCUGCGCGACAGGUGCACCCGCUCCGACCUCGAGUGCAGAUACGCGCACCCUCACAACUCCGUUUCCAUCGACCUGGACAAUAAGGUGACUGCGUGUGCGGAUUCUCUGAGGAACAAUUGCUUCCGGGGGAUGACAUGCCGUUACUACCAUCCGCCUCCACAUAUCCAGGAGCAAUUACUGAGAUCAGUUGGCGUGGAAGACCCAAAGGUGAAGACGCAGAUCUGCAGAGAUUUUACACGUGGGAAGUGUUCAAGAUCAGCAAAUGAGUGCCGAUUCUUGCACCAUUCAUCUGUUGAAGAUGUUGCAAUUGUUUGCCAAGACUUCUUGCGUGGACAGUGCAAUCGCAUAGCAUGUAGGUACUCUCAUGUAGUAGCACAUCCGAUGCCACCAAUGAACCAUGUUCCCAUGCCAUACCCUGAGAUGCUUUACAUGCCACCACCACCACCACCACCCCUUGGAGUACCAAUGAUGGGGCCUCUGCCUUCACCUCCUAUACCAUUUGCUGAUAAUACGAACAGAGUUGAAGUUUGUAGGGACUUCUUGAAGAACAUGUGCAAUAGAGAAUCCUGCCGGUUUGUGCACCCUGAGACACAUACAACGGCGGUGAACGCCAAUGUUGAAGUAUGCCGUGAUUUUAAACGAGGAGAAUGCAAUCGAUCUGCCUGUCGCUUUUUCCAUCCACAUACAAGCUGAAGUUUUCUGUUGCCUAAAGUAAAGUAAAUUAUACUUUGUUUCCCCCCUUUUAAUACAAAUGACUGCCAAAUACAUAUAGAUGAAAGAAUACUCCCUUAGGAACACCUAUUUACAGAGUUAACUUUGACUUCAAUUCCUUGUGGAUCUUGUGUCUAUUCAAACCAGCUAGAGCAAUAUAGAGUUUAAGAUUGGCAAUUUGUCAUUUGAGUGAAUCAACAUAUUUUUUCCAAUGAAAUGCAACUUUUAUCCGUUCCAAACAGGCAUGCCAAUGAGCGUGUUGAUUCUCUAAGAUUUUGAAUUGGCUAAGAUUACAUGCACUGUUCAAGCGAUCUACUGUUUGUUCAGCUUCAUUGCCUUCUAUUUCACGUCAAUUCUGUUCCUUCUGGAGAGCUCUCCUGCCAAGUUUGAUAUUAAGAUGUAUGAAUCACAACAAUGGAAGAUGGCCUCUUGUAUGAGUCCUUCGUUUCAGAAUUUAUUACUUGUUUAUGUUGUUGGGCUGUUGAUAAAAUUAUAUGGUCUGAUCUUUUCCUGCAUAUCUCUCUCCCAUGGUCCCACCAACUAAUUUCCUGAGUUCAGUUAAUAAACUAAUGAGUUAUUAAAUGUGGAGAGUAUCUUUCAAGUAGCACUACUAUUUAUUUUGCUAACCGGAUCAUCUAACAUGUCUCAUGCCUAAUGCUGGGCCUUAUAAGGCCUAAGAAUAAAAAUAGCUGUUGCUAUAUGAUUUUCUAUUGAGAAAUCACCAGUGCCAAAAUCUAGAUUCUGUUUUUCAUUUUCCCCCUUUACUGAAGCAGAAACUGCAGGCAAGUCCCCACGUUUAGUUUUCAGUCUUAUUUACAGUGCUGUAAGCCGUGUUUAACAGAUGGGUACUGCUUGUUUCCUCAGCUUGAGUGCCCUGCGCCGCUGCUGCUGCUGCUGCCGCCGCCGCCGCAGCCACCAAUUCUGCUUCUGCCACCAAAGAGCUGCUGCGCUGGCUGUUGUGUUGCUAAGGUGCCAUAGAGCAUGGAAGCCGUAGAAGGUGCUACGUAGGCAUGGAAUAAAAGAUACUAUCGUCCUGUUAUAUUCAGAUGGUUGCUUGAACUUGCUUGACUCAAUGCUUGAGUGGUACCUCUUCACUAUGGGGUCUCUCUCUCCCCCUGUGUGUGGUUAUGUAUUUGUUGUCAUAAAGAUGAUUUUGACUCCAGCUAAUCUGGUGUCUGCGCUAUUGGCUUCCCUUUAGCGCCACACGUUUGUUGUAUGGAUACUUUUUUUUGAGCCAAUGUUUCGCCACGCUUUGCCGCUGUU